AUGAAGACUGCGAUACUGGCUGUGAUGAUGUUGGGCCUCGCUGUGGCUCAGGACGUCUAUCGAGGCCGGCCCUUCCAGAACCCAAGCCAAGGCUUCCACCAGCCGCGCCAAUUACCACAGCAUCAGCAAAAGUCCCAGCAACAGACCGACAGCAGCAACGAGAACUCGCAGUAUCAGGAGGCACCGGCCGCGUCCGCUGGACACGUUGACGACAGGCGCGCCAAGACCACUCCCAUACCGAUCCUCGUGUGGAACAAGCAGCAGGAACACGACGGCACAUACAGGACUAACUACGAGACGGGCAACAACAUCAUAGCGGAGGAGAGCGGCUACAUAAAGACCGUGGGUGAGGGCGAGGAUCAAACCGAGGCGUUGGUUCAGGAGGGCUCGUACUCUUACACCAGUCCCGAGGGCCAGAUCAUCACGAUCCGUUACAUGGCCGACGAGACCGGCUUCCACGCGACGGGGGACCACCUGCCCACGUCACCCCCCGUCAGCGCGGAGAUCCAAAAGGGCCUGGAUCUCAUAUACGCCGGCAUCCGGCAACAGCAGGAGGCGGACGCUCGCGAGGCGGCGCUCAAAAACAACAACCAGCCGCUCAACCAGCAAAUCGACAGGCGAGGCGACGCUGACAAGUUUCGGCCCUGAAUGAGGACCCACAACCUACACGAGCAAAGUGGGCCAGCCCUGCUCCGUCCAAAUAUUUUUAUCGUCGAAACUCGUCGCCCAAACAUCCCACCCCCGCACCAAUUAAGUACGUUAAUACUCCCUUCCUCAUCCCUUCAUCGUAUACCAAUUCUUUAUUCACCUCAUACAUAUUAUGAUAUGCGCUAGUUGUAUAAUGUUGAUCGAAAUACUUGUAGUUACAUGUAUGGUUAUUAUAUGUAAUAAUGGAACAAAACAAAAAUGCUGAAAAGCUACACGUACAUACACACUUCGAGUGAUCCAGUCAAA